CCUAAAUUGUUCGUCCAACUUCCGGUGGUGCACAUUGGACCGAGAUUUCGUUGAUUCUGAGCUCAAGUGGAAGGCUGGACAUCCUCAAGCAGGUCUGGACUGCGUUUAUCUCGAAGUUCGAAACGGAUCCGUGCUGCUUGCCUCCGCCAACUGUGCCGAAAAUAAAACUUUCCUUUGCGAAGUGCGAAAGAAAGCCACCGCCCAAAAAGCCAUGCAGACCGAAUGUGCAGAAACUUGGGACAUCACUAGUGAACAAAUUGACUUGCUCUUGAACGCCAGCACUUUUCUUACGGCAGAUAUCUCGCUCAAUUUGAAAUGCUUCUUGAAAUGCGUUGGAAUCGAAAUAGGGAUGUUUGACAUCGGAGCAUUGAACAGCAUUGCGACAUUGCGCCAAAUUGAGUUGGUGUCGCAAGAGGAGCCUGAAAAAAUGGAGCACGGAUUUGUUGCCUACGACACCUGCGGCGGCAAAAAGUUUGACGACGAGUGCGUGACUGCUUAUGAAACUUACAAAUGCGGCCAGCAGGAAGCGCCUGAUCUUGUCUCGAACAUCAUUUCGAACAAUUUCGGCAACGAUACGAUCCUGAGUCCCCCGACUCCGUGCGUUCCAAUGCGCCGAACGUGUUGGCUUUCGGAUGUGUAUCCCUGCAUAAAAAACCAAACAGCCAUUGACAGGCUAAACUCUGACCCAGAUAAAAAAGAUGAUCAUGGCCAAUGGAUUACUUUGCAAAACACUAGGACAUUUUACUCCGGAUUUUAUGAUGAUGGGGGAUUAUCAGUAAGGAUUAAGAUAUUCUAA